AAAGUAUGACUAAACCGUUAAAUAUUAUAGAUAAAGAGUAAGUAAAAAUAUCACGGUAAAAUAGCUUCUGUAAUCCACAUAAUUAAUUUUAAUUACGUGAAUGUUGUAUAGUGUCGAGUGACAAAUCUCCAUUAAAUAGCCAAAAAGUGCCAUUGUUAAUUCCAGUUGACAGAUUUUGUUACAAAUAAUUAAUAACUUGUUUAUAUAAACAGCGAGUAAAAUGUUCUCGAGUGGUCCUAACUACACGAAGCUGAAAACCCACUUGCGGUUGGCGAUAAACAGGUUAAAGCUGCUGGAGAAGAAGAAAACCGAGCUGACUCAGAAAGCCAGGAAAGAAAUCGCUGAUUACAUAGCUGGUGGCAAGGUCGAGAGAGCCAAGAUCAGAGUCGAGCAUAUUAUCCGCGAGGACUACAUGGUCGAGGCCAUGGAACUCCUGGAGAUGUACUGCGACUUGCUGCUAGCUAGAUUUGGACUUAUUCAGCAAAUGAAAAACCUAGAUGACGGCUUAGCAGAAGCGAUAUCAACAAUCCUCUGGGCAGCACCACGGAUGCAGACAGACGUCCAAGAAAUGAAAGUAAUUGCAGACAUAUUGACCUCCAAGUAUGGACGACAGUACAUGGAAGCAUGCAGAGACGAACAGGUCUCUUCUAUUUCCGAGAAACUUAAACACAAGAUGAGCAUCCAGUCGCCAUCAAAGCUGCUGGUGGAGAAAUAUUUGAUCGAAAUCGCCAAGAAUUACAACAUCGAGUAUGAGCCAGAUCCCCAGGUGAUGGCUGAGGGACAGGAUGCUGUGCUCAUAGACGUCAAUGCUGAUGGAUCUAACAAUCUAGACGUAGCCGGUGGAGGACCUCAGCCUGUGGGUUUCAUUGGAUUCCCACAGGCUCCAUUGCUACCUGGUGUUCCUUCCAAUAUCAACGCUUUUGGCUCUGGAGAGAAAAAUACCGUACCAGCGAUGGGUUUUGUAUCUCCUGGAGCUCCGUUGAUGCCAGAAAAGGAUCAAAAUGUUCCGUUCAAUCCUUCAGCGUUGUCUUAUAAUAUUCCGUUGGAUAAUGCUAAUAGCAAUAAACCAGAAGAUGAUUUACCACCUCCAUACUGUUCAUUUCCACCAGAUUUGAACAAACAAUCAGACAACACCCCAAAGCCUCAACCGCGAUCAAAAAUGCCCAACGAUUUCCAGAUGCCUGAACUUCCGACAGUUCCCACUGACAACACAUCACCAGACGGAGCUGGUGGGAACAAUGAUGACAUCGAUUUCGACGAUCUGAUGAAGCGCUUCGAGGAUUUGAAAAAGCGAAAGUAAUUUCACCG